AUGGCGCCAUCAUCGCCAUCGAGAGGGCCAGCGCGAUGGCUGGCCGCUCUUUCCGCGCGGACGCUCGCCUACGACCUGAUGCUGUUCUACAAAGGAAACCAAACCGGUGAAAUCCCGGGCAUUCUACCAGGUCCACCGACGGAGCACAAGGGCGACUACUACUGGUGGGAGGGAGGUGCUAUGAUGGGCACAUAUAUCGACUACUGGUUCCUGACCGGCGACAAGAGCUACAACCAUGUCAUCGAAGAAGGCAUGUUGCACCAAACUGGCCCCAACGCCGAUUAUAUGCCGCCCAACCAUACGGCAUCUCUGGGCAACGACGAUCAAGGUUUCUGGGGGAUGUCGGCUAUGCUCGCCGCCGAGAACAAGUUCCCCAACCCACCCGAGGGCAAGCCGCAUUGGCUCGCCCUAGCCCAGGGCGUUUUCCACACCCAAGCAUCCCCCGAACGGCACGACAACACAUGCAACGGCGGCCUUCGCUGGCAGGUACCUCCCACCAACGCAGGCUACAACUACAAGAACACCAUCGCCAACGCCUGCUUCUUCAAUCUCGGCGCGCGCCUCGCACGGUACACCACCAACGCAUCGUACGCCGAGUGGGCCGACAAGACGUUCAACUGGCUGUGGAAUGUGCAAUACAUUGACCAUGAGACCUGGGCCGUGUACGACGGCGGUCACGUCGAGCAUAACUGCACCGACAUCAACAGGGCCCAGUUCAGCUACAACGCUGGACUGCUCCUGCAGGGGGCGGCCUUCAUGUUCAACUACACGAACGGCAGUACGAUCUGGCAGGAUCGCAUCGACAACUUGCUGAAGGGCAUGAUUCGCGAUUUCUUCCCCGACGACGUCGCCUUCGAGCUGCCCUGCGAACGCCGAAGGGGUUGCACGCCCGACAUGUUGACCUUCAAGGGUUACGUCCACCGCUGGCUGUCGGUCGCGACCAAGCUUGCGCCACAUACGGCCGAGAUCAUCCUGCCUUUGCUGCGGAAAUCAGCCGAGGCGGCCGCCAAGCAGUGCACCGGGGGUGCGACCGGCCGCGUCUGCGGCUUCUAUUGGAGCGGAGGCGUCUUCGUCGACCCGGCCGUCGACCAUACCAGCGGCGCCGGCGAGGCCAUGAACGUCCUGGCCGCCGUGUCCAGUCUGCUCAUCGACCAAGCCCCGCCCCCCGCUACCAACGCGACAGGCAUUAGUAAGGGUGACAUCAACGCCGGCAGCCGCAGUCGUGGCGCCUCGGAGCCGCUUGAGCCUAUCACCACGGCGGACCGAGCCGGUGCGGGCAUCUUGACCAUGUUGAUCCUGGCCGGCUUCAUCGGCACCUGGGGCUGGAUGAGCAUUGGUGAUUAACGGGGGUCCGAUUGAUGAGGGGAAAGUCCAGAUAUUGGCAUCUUUGGGAUAUUGGGAAUAUUACGCGGCAUCUCUUUGCAGAUUUUCCUUGCUCUUCAUUUUCAGUUCCCAUAUGCGUGACAAUCGGUACGCGAAUAACCGGGACGGCGUCAGACGGGGUUAAUGAUAUGGGUCAGUGGUUUGCUCUUUUUCCAUUCUUUGGGGUGUGCUUCGUCCAGUACCGUACCGUACCAACGAGUCUAGAUAGUGGAUGCUAGCGAAAUGAUGUUAUCGCGCAUUGGCGUUAUGUACAUGUUCACUUCCUGUC